GUAGCCGGCGAACUUGAGCCGUUUCCAGCGAACCCCACCCAUCUCUGGCUCUGGCUCAAACCAUGUCAUCUCCGAUCUCUUAUUUCUUUUCUGGGACUCGUUCGUCAUAAGUGAUUCUUCUGUGAGUUUCUAAGCGGCUGUGAUAUGGCAUCAUUCCGAGCAUUCUUGAACAGUCCAGUUGGUCCAAAAACAACUCACUUUUGGGGACCUAUUGCAAACUGGGGAUUCGUUGCCGCGGGAUUGGCGGAUAUGAACAAACCUCCAGAAAUGAUUUCUGGCAACAUGACAGCAGCAAUGUGCGUUUAUUCUGCAUUGUUUAUGAGAUUCGCAUGGAUGGUGCAGCCUCGCAAUUAUCUACUUUUGGCAUGCCAUGUCUCAAAUGAGACUGUCCAACUCUAUCAACUCUCUCGCUGGGCAAGGGGUCAGGGGUACUUUCCCCAGAAGAAGGAUGAACCUGCGUCCGAGUAGCGUGCUGCUUCUUUCAUUCAUUUGCUGGUCCAUUGUGUUGUUUGUUGUGAUUUUUACCCAAAACAGUGUUGAUCUCGUGUAUGACUCAUUUAAUACAGUUCUAUUUUGAUAUUAACUCAGCAGAUGGAUGUUCAGUGAAACCUCUUCUUCUAUCGUCUAAUUUGUAUUUAAUGUCAUGCACUGGGUUUUUUACUA